GCGCCGAGACGACACGCGGUCGGCGGUCGGCUGGCCCUCGCACCACACGCUCGGCGAGCCAGCACGUGGCCGACUGGCGCGCGGCGGAGGCGCUCUCUGGCCGCCCAUGCGUAGGCUCUGCAGGGACCACCGGGCACGCGGGAGGCGAGAGGCCUGAGCUCCGACCGACCAUGCUGCUGCUGCUGCUGCUCCUCAUCGUCGGCGCCUGCAUCUCAGGUGUCCCGGGCCGCGGGUUUGUCAAGGACGUGGACAGCAGCGCCCGCUGCUCGCGCUGGGCCAGGAACCUCGCUCGCAACUGGCACGCCGAAACCUCGCCCUCUGAGCCCGACUUGAGCGGCACCUGGGUCUCGCAACGGUGCGAAGUGCGCUCGGGGCCCGAGUUCGUCCUACGAAAGUACCACUUCUUCGACGACUCGAAGUUCCACAUGGUACAGUUCUUCUACCUGGACAACUCGUGCACGGUGCCGGCGUAUGCGCUAGACGGCUGGGGGCGGCUCGACCUGUCCAGCCUGUCCUGGGUGGUGCCCGGUGCGACCGAGGCCGAGGCUUCGUUGUCACAUCUCAACGUAAUCGCCUACACCGCCGAGGUGGCCGACAGGCUCAGUAGGGCAGUCAACAGGUCAUGCCCUGGAGAAGUUAAGCGGCCCUGGGAAACCCACCUAAAGUAUCGCCUCGUCAGCUUUGUGGAAGGUCGAACUGCGGACAAGCCGCUUGUUGAAGACUUCGUUUGCACGGGAGGCCUACAGUUCACUCUCAACGAGCUACAACUGAUUCGGGUCGUGCACCAAGGUCCUUUGCCGUACCGGCGUCAAUCCGAUGCACCUGCGGCUGAGCUGUACCUGGGCGACAUCCACAGUGACGUGCGCAAGCGGCUCUCGUACCGGCCCACCUCGUAUCAGCUGCCGCUGCUCGAAGCAAGCGCGGCCGGCUGCCACGUGUGCCACCUCGUGGCCAAGGGGGCGGAGCUGUCGCCGCCGCAGCUACCACCCAAGCCCAAGUUGCCCGCGCACCUGAGCGGCGAGUGGAUCAGCCUACGCUGCGAAGUGCAGCCGCUGGGACUGUUCCUGGCGCGUCGGCUUCUGUUCCAGCCAGGGAAUAAUUCGUGGAGCGGCUGGUUCCAAUACUACCGAGAUCCCAACUGCAAGCAGCACUGGUUCCUGCUCAGCCGCCAGGGCACCUACGAGAUCGUGGGGCCUUCGCAGCUGCUCCGCGGCGCCACCAACGUGAACCUGCGCACGCUGGCGGCCCAGAUCACGCCUCAGCACCGCGGCAUCGUCACCAACCUCAAUUCGGCGGCGGACGAAGGCCGCUGCGGUUCCCGCUGGUCGCUGCGCCGGACGCAAGACGUGACGGUCACGGGCGGCUGCCACCUGCUGGGUGUCUCGGUGCCCAGCACGGCCUACGAGGUCGUGCACAACGAGAUCGACGCCAACUCGCUCCUCUUCCUGGGCCACGCCGACACGGACGGCGAGGUGUCGAGGCCCGACCGGCGCGCCACGGCCUACGAGGCACCACUGGUGCAGUGCCGCACACUCCCGGAGCCCAGCAACGAGCUGGCCGGCCGGCCGCUGGCGCUCAUCUCCGGAGGGGCCGCCGUCAAGCCGCCGCUGUUGCUUCUCGCGAUGCUCUUGCAGCUGGGCGCGGCGGCGGGCGCACAGGACUGACCGACGGGCGGCCAUGCGACCGGCGGGGCAACGGACGUUUCUCGGGCGCGCGCGCGGCCGGUCCGCCGGCCCGAGUGGUGGCGAGCGAGCCCCCUGAACGAGGCCGUCGUUGGUGAAAGGACCGGAGGUGCAGACGGGUCGAAGGCUUUAUCCUCGCAUUGAGCACUGAGCCAGUACAAUGUUUGGAAUCGUAGAGCGACUCUCGGCCGCACGACGAGUGCUCGCACCUCCGUGUUCCCGCCUGUCUGUCCCGUCGACGACUAAAACACCCGCGCCAAAAACAGGGCAAACAGCAAAUGAGUACAGUUGUCAUGUGCUUGGAUGUCGUUCAUGGAUGCGAAUGCACUGCCACUUGAUGUCCGUACUUUACUCGUGUGACCGCCGUACGUUCUUGCUGUGCUGAGGGCUUGGCUUGUGCCCACUUGGCAGGUUCGCGUGGCGCUCCCGUAGUCAAGCGCUUCCCCGCAGAGCACCCGCCGCUCCAGGAGUGCAGGAUGCGCGCGUGCUUCCACUCUUGCUGUCCGCUAUAGGAGCAUGAAACCACGACUGCAAAUCGCCCACAGUCGGUGCUCAGGACAUGUACUAACGUGCCACGCAGUCUUCAGCGAGAGAUUUGUGCCUCUACAUACCAGCUUUUAUUGACAAUCAUGAAGCACAUUUUAGUAAACUAUGGCACAAAUUCAAUUAAACCUCUUUUUUAAUGGCAUUUACAUACUGUAUUCUGGAAGAAAAAUUGCGCAGUCAUUAUUUUGCAGCGUGAAGCUCCGGUACAUUUAGACGUCAGAAAAAAAAAUCGCGCUUGUAUCAGCCAAAAUCAGAAACUUUGAGCUUGCUCAUAUCUCCAGAAAAAGAAAUUAGAUUUCGUUGAUCAAGUUAUCAGAGCAUUCCUGUUAUUAACAAGAAGAGACAUGAUUUGUUGAUGCCGAAAAAGUAUAUUUCUUACUGCAUACCUCAAUUCGAAUACAGUGUUACCAACUUGCAAAAAAAAAAAAAGAUUAUUGCGGCGCUUUUUAUUAGCAAGGCAUAUUUUGGUAACAGGCUAUCUGUACUCUGCUACAUGCGUUUAAAUGGAAACGUGGUCACUUGCAGGGUAGAACUCUGUAGCUACUUAACAGAAUAAGUGAAGACAUGUGUAGGUAGACAACAAAUGGCAGAAGAGUAGCAGACUCGAGCGCAAUACCGCUAGCCAAACCUUGUCAGCUUACAAUGCCAUGACUCCCUGGUGCCCAAGCGCCAUGCCUAUACGUGCAGAUUUUCGCGUCUCCCAGCAUGUAACAUACCAACACCAUCGCCUCGUUUGUUCACCUUACCCUUUUGUCAACCAUGAUUUCCUGCAGUCAUUUUCUAUUCCUUUGGAGCACCGUUCUACUAUCGCUUAAGCCCAGAUGCGCACCUUUCACGAAGAUCUUGAGCCCCAGUACUUCUUUGAAGUUCGUGUAAUUAAAACAAGGGAGCCGUUUAACGUGGCUUUAUUCACCGUUCUAUCACUGUCAACGGUUCACAGGCAAAAAAAAAAAAAAAAAACAUAGCGCAACAGGCAUUCCGCCCUAGCAGUGGUGUGCAAGGUACGUGCAGCGCAGCUACCCUCCGUUAACACUACUUUACGUUGGCUGUUCUUUAAAUGUAGUCAAUGUAAUACAAGCCUGGCCAUUGCAAUGUCGUUGUAUGAUUUAGGAUAAAUGUACUGGUGUUCCUCUUCUCCCAUGUGUGCAACCCUGUUCUCUGUGCACAUGCCAGAGAUGAACAUACAGGGUGUUUCACGUAACUAGAUCCAAUCAUUUCAAAAGAAAAUUGGUGCAUCGAAGACAGGUUUGAAUAACGGCCCACUGUUCACAGUCCUCUUGAGUUACUGAGAAUAUUUUAAGAUCAAUUACCCACAUAUUUGUAAAUUCUCGCUUUUGUACAAAAGCUGUACUUGAGAAAAUGAAAGAGCGCUUUCUGAAACAUUCAAUAUAGUUGGUUUCAUGAAAUUAUCGUUUACGUAUUCUUUUUUUUGUAUUUUAAAAAGAUCGACGAUGCACCAAGGAAGGACUUACCAACAUGUUUGCAUGCCAGGAAUGUAACGGUCUCAAGAGUUUAUACGCUCAAGAAACAAAACGCGCAUGCAGACUCGAAGGAAGUGGUCGGUCCCAGCAUUCAGCGUAAGCCAGAGAGGGACGUUAGCAGCUUGGCUAUGAAGCAAAGCCUUCACGGUCACAAGUAAAAGUGGCCGCCAACAUGCCGAAAUCGUUCGUUGAAAGCACACCGGAGAGCACUGCAAUCCAGGCGCGCAAAGACGCAGUGACGCCAUUUUUUUUUCACCACAAAAUUAAUAUUAAAAAUUUUUGUUGAAUUUACCUGAACCACAUUGAGCUAAUUAAGCGCGCUUCAAUAAAUAUCCCGAAUAGCUCAAGACGACUGCGAACAACAUGCCAUUUGUCACAUCUGCAUUUUUAGUUGUGCAAAUCAAUGCGUAUACAUUCAUUGCUUCACACCAGCAGGCAGCCAGAAAUGAAAAAAAAAGAAACCUUUUUUUUAAUGAAACGUUCAUAUUCGAGGUUUACUAGAAUAAUAUUUAUUUUAACUAAUUGUUUACACUAAUACACAUGAACCCACAAAGACUACGAGCUCCGAUGCUGCAACAUGCGGGAAACGUGCAUAGCUGCAACUCGCCAUGAGAGGGCAUGUUUGUGUGAUGGCGUAGGGUGGAAGCGAAAUCCUGGACCUGGGAGGCGUUAAAAACAUCCAGCAGCUAGCCGAUGAAAGUAACAUUGAACGGCCGUUAAACCAGCGUGAAAGCACGUUCACGACUCCAGCAAUGUGCAGCGUGCGAGAAUGUGAUCUCCGGAACCUUGCCUUACAACUUUGCAGGAUUGCGGUAGCGAGCGCGAUUCUGCAUCUCCUGGUGCGUCCCCUUCUCAAGCACGAGUAUCAGGUGUAUAUAUUGGACAGCCUUCGCUGCCAAUGAGCCGCGAACCUCUGAUUGCGAGCUACGCCGAUUCCGUCGGUCGAACGUAAGACGCCAAGCCCAAAGUAUACAUAGAACGUGCCCGCAGGAUGCUGGCCAGCUAGCCCCGUUUAUUUAGCCUGUACAAAAUGUAGUGGGCUGGUUCAACAUCGCGUCGUGUAGUCUACAGGUCCUUGGCACAUAUAAGCCAGCCUGUCACGAACCCAGAGCCCACCUGCGGCUUAAGGUACGUCUCGUGCCUAGAAGGCGUACGAAGAGCAUCGUUCGCGUGGGCGCUUCGAUAUCCAGCUCAAAGUAUACCGCUAGGAUCGCGAGCAACGUGCAUCAGCCUAGGGAAAUGCUUGUAUGUUGUGUGCGUAGCGAAUGUACUCAGUAGCAAAUCGACAACCUUCAUAUCAGUAGCGUGUAGCCAGCUUUGUAACAACUGCAGGCCACCGCGGUUGUAGUGAGUGUUAUAUUGUUUGGCAUGCCUGAGAGACGGGUUGAGUGUGAAGGAAAAGCGAGCGAUUUGGCUGAUUUGGCGAUAAGCUAUUAGGCGUGUGUUCGUGCAUCCUUUUGUGCCCAUGUGUUCACCCCCUCGUAGGAAAGCUGUGCAAGGCCCAGCGAGGCCCGCUCUGCUAUGGGACGUAUUGUUUGCGUUGGGUCCGAGAGUUGUGCGCUCGCUUCUUGCAAAGCGCCAUCUGAGCACAAGGAGUUCGCACAGCGUAAACCUGUAGUGAUCUUUCCUCCCUGUCUUUCCUUUCCUUAACAUGAAAACCACCUGCCCCUGUUCCCCCAGUUUCACGUUUAUGCCUUUUUUUUUUUUUUUUUCUGCCUGAAAAGAUACCCUUCCUGUAUAGUUAGAACGCUUGCUUUACGUGACCGUUUAGAAUGCAAUCGUUGCUAGCAUUUCGCUUCAACUUAAAGAACGCUGUAUUUUGAAGCAUGACGAGACAUAUUCGUCACCACUAUAUAUAUAUAUAUUUUUGAGUCACUCAGCACGAGAUUAUAAGCACCUUGUUAUUCGUAUCAGUUGGUGCUGUGUUCCUGCUUUUUGUGUCACGACAUGCUUGACUUCAUUUUGUGCCCUCCAUCGCAAGUAUUUCGAACGAAGCAGGACUGCCAGUUGUGCUAGUUGGUAAGCAUUCAUGUCGAGAUAAAAAAAAAAAAAACUACGUAGCGGUUCACGAUUCUCUUCUUCUCGAGCCGCCAGUUAAUUUUUUUUUUUUUUCGUACGAAGACAAAGAAUGCGAAAGACAUGAGACGGACUCUCUAUUAGAAUGCUAACACACUAAAACCUUUCUCCGGCCCUAAACAUCAUCAAGUAAAAACACAAGUAAUUAACUCUAGUUGCCGACGCCUGUCCUUCAAUUAAAGUUUUCCCGAAUCUUUUUCUUCGCACUGCCGAGUUACAGUCGUUCGAAGCAAUAAAACUGCACUGCGUUUAUCAUCCGCGCCCUCCCGUUAACGCUCAUCCUAAGCUUGUCAUGCGCGUCGGAAAACUAUACUGAUGAAAGAGAGGGAGAGUGGAAUAAAAAGUUUCACGUUUUUCUCCCGCAGAGCUCCGACGCAAGCCAGAGCUAUGCGACUUCUGUCGCAGCUGUGCGUCAUGGCAGCGUUUCUUAUGUUUUGCCGUUUCGUUUUGUUUCGUGCCGAGACUUUCACUACUAUGGUUUAGCGUGCUAUGCGUCCACUCGCAGCGUGUUUGAAGUUAAACGUCACGAUACCAGCUCUGACGUCACUACUAGUGAUCAAUGAGGCGCCGCGGCUGGACAGCGCGUGCAAUCUCAUUGUUAAAUUUACGAGCACGCCGCGAUGCUUGGAGAACUGUAUAUGUGCUCCACCGUCUGCUCUUCUUUAGUUCAAAAGCCCAGAAUUGUUUAGGGGUCCUUUAAUGUUUUCGUUAGCGGUCGACAUCUCCGUUAAGUUACAAGGUCCUUCGCAGCUCUUGAAGGAUUCACUAUUCAGUUCUUCUUUUCUUUCCGAACAAUGUGCGUUAUUUGCAAGCUGGACGAGCAAUUUUCUGUAUGUAUAUAGUUAAACAAGCACGUAGUAGAAAUUCUAGUUUGGUAAGUUAUAGGCCGGUAUAACGCAACGGCUCUUUCCGCCCGAUUGUAUCUGAGUGAUAUCAUUCGAUCACCGCUAUACGGACAGGCCGAUUCUGAGGAUAACGCAAGCGGGGCGUCGCUCGAGCCCAUGACGAAGCUCCAAAAGGAAACAGAAUUCGAGUCGAAUCUAUAUAUUAUUCCGCACACAGCUUCUUUCCUUUGUCGGCUGAUUACAUUAACGGGAAAUUUCGACAUUUAGCCGUCGCGAACACAAAGUUUCACUAAGAUUUAGCCGGCUGGUAGUGAGUGAAAGUGGUUAACUGUGUCGUAAGGCUUCGUUGCCUUUGCAGACAGAGCUGGUGUCCCGACAGUUGAUUAAUCACGAUUGCGUCGAAUGGGGUGCUAACAGAUUUGUAACUUUCUACAUGCGUUCCUUCUCAUAUUUACGACAGGUUUUUAUGUAUCUAGAAUGACUUAUUUUUUAUUUUUUCUGACUGAAUAUAUUAUUAUUAUUAUUAUUAUUAUUAUUAUUAUUAUUAUUAUUAUUAUUAUUAUUAUUAUUAUUAUUAUUAUUAUUAUUAUUAUCGUACGCUUGGUUACAUAUAUGUACAGCAGUGCUUCUUAGGAGGAAGAGUGGUCACCGGGAUGUAAAAGUCCCGGUUGCCCCUCUCAAUAUGCGUGAAUAGCGACGCUUGGUAUCACUACUGCCCGUUCCCCACCCCCCGUUUCUUUUUUUAUCCCGUACCUCGCUAGAAAAGGAGCGUUCAUAUCGAUACUGAUAAUCACCCAUGUUCCAGGCUUCAAGCUUGUGUCCGCCGGUGGUUCCCGAGGCAUCACGUAACUUAGCGUCUUUCGCACUCUUACCUUUAAGCUCGUCUGUGCUGCGAGUGGGCAGACAAGCUCUCAUCCGCGCGUCUGCCCACGUCUGACCACGCUUGCACAUUUGGUGUCGUCUUUUGGGAAAGUGUGUCGUGACUUGUGUUGUCUAUGACUCCUCGGUCAGUCAUGCGCAUAUCCUGGGAAAAGUGUGUUGAUGUUGGUGGAGCGAUGUGACAUGUGUCGUGAAACGUAAAAAAAAAAAAGUUAUAAUAUAUUUACAGUUGCGCUGUGCCUAGCAACAAAUGAGUUACAGGCUGAAUUAGCCUCAGCCUAGAUUCGACCGCAGCUUGAAAAUUUGAAGCCUCUUUUAUCAAGUAGGUCUGUGGCGUCAAAGGACUAUAGUCUAUGUAUAAUCACGCAUGUUUACCCAUGUAUUAUAACUCGGAAGAGUGAUUGCUAAAAGAACUUGACUUCUAUUAAAAGCUUUACUGAUCGCCAAGCUCGCUCUGAGUUGUACCAAGAACGAGCAGUGACCAAAAUAAUCGCUUAAUGUUAGCGAUUCCUCAUUGCUACCUAGCAGAACGUUUCUAACGCUCGUUUAUUUACAUGUCCAAAUACACGUUUUCUGUACUUGGUGUCAUGUUAUGUGAAUCACUUUCUGAGUUGUUCUUGAACAACAUUGGUCGCCCUUUUAAAUCUGGAAACAACUAAGAUUAUAUGCAGCAGUGUUGUCGUGAUGGUGUUAGCAGUCAUUAAGACUAAUUGAGGAUUAAGGCUCUGGAUGCUUCGCUGCAUUGCACGACCUCUCCUGGCUUCCAACCGCUGAUUUAUAUGUAAUCCUGCUAUCUAUUUUUAUUUCUGGCGGUGAAAAGCAACAAAAUACUUUACUUUCCACAGCUUUACUUUCAUUACGGCACUCGCGCUAGAAGUCGCAACUUCAAAAUGAGGCCUGAACAUCGCCCCGCAGUGCGUGUUAUCGUUCCCCUUAGCUGUCGUCUCGGUGUGUGUUCGUGCGUGUCCAACAAUACUCCAGCUGUAGGUGUUAUGUUUCCAAGGUGUGCGGCGUGUUCAAGUGUGGAGCCCCAAGAAGCGACAAACGGCAAAAGCCCGACCACUUCGGUGCGCACGAAGCUGGCUACACCGCCGUUCUUCGUGGCAGCGCAGCCGCUGCAAUAGCAGGACGACGCGAUUCUCUGGUGCGCAAAUUCGCUGCGCUAACAACGUAAUUCAGUUAACGAUCUAAGCAGCGCUUCUUCUCGUCUCAUCGGCUGUGGUCGCUUGUCGCUUUUUUUGGCUGCGCGCUCUGUAGUCGCCAAACGUGUCUCGAGUCGUUGUACCUAGUUAUUCGCGUCGUAUAGUGUGUACGGUGUCAUAGGAUCAUCAUAGCCAGACGAAUGUCCAUGAGAUCCACCUGCCUAAGCACAAAGCGGAGGAGCUGGCCCGGGUGCUCCAAAGUGCAGCUCCUCUGGCAGCACAGCACGCCCUGGCUGCGCAGAACAAUUCCGGUGUGUUGCACUUAGUUCUCUCUUUUACAUCAGCACCCAGUCGAGUCCUGUAGCGCGCCUCAAAACGUCAGUGCUUCUGCUAUACUCCUGCUGCUGCCUCGAUGGCAGGCCUCGUGGAACAACCAGCAGCACAAGGUUGACAACUUCACAGCGCAUGUAUAUGGCACCAUGUACUCUUCUGUGUAACGAAGCUUCCAUAAAGAGAGUUUUCCGAUGAGUGA